GUGCUGCUCUCCGGUGAUGUCCGUGAGAUUCUCCAGCCCCCGUGGAGUUUGUAAGACUGAGGAAGAUGAAGGACCGAGUACUGAAGAGGACUUGCAGUCUUUCCAUGGGGUCGGUGUGUGCAAGUGGUUCAACGUCCGCAUGGGCUUCGGGUUCCUGUCCAUGACCAACCGAGAGGGAGUGCCACUGGACGAACCGGUUGAUGUAUUUGUCCAUCAGAGCAAGUUGCACAUGGAAGGCUUCCGUAGCCUGAAGGAGGGCGAGGCGGUCGAGUUUACCUUCAAGAAGUCAUCAAAGGGCCUGGAGUCUCAGCGAGUCACAGGACCAGGUGGUAUCCACUGUGUGGGCAGCGAGAGGAGACCCAAAGGCAAGAAAGUCCAGAAGCGACGUUCCAAAGGAGACAGGUGCUACAACUGUGGAGGCCUGGACCACCACGCCAAAGAGUGCAAGUUACCACCUCAGCCCAAGAAGUGCCAUUUCUGCCAGAGUAUCGACCAUAUGGUUGCCAACUGCCCAAUCAAAGCACAACAGUCCUCACCAGGUUCUCAGGGAAAACCAUCCUCCGAGGAGGAGCACAGCCACUCAGUACCACCUCCCGAAACUUCCGACUAAAGGAGGAUUCGAGCAACACUGAAGCCGGGGGAAGCACAGAGGCCAAUCAAACUGCUUUGAUGGAGAGAUGGGACACAGAUUCCCAUGCUGACUGUUGAGGCGGCUUUUGGAACUACCUCAGGUUAAAAUAUUUGCUCAUGCAGAAUGUUAACAUUUUUUUUUCUUUAUUAUUAAGUGUUUUGUUUCUUUGAACUUGGUGUAACACUCAGGAAUACUGCUGUACUAUUGCACUCAGGAUGCUUUCUAAAUGUAUAAAUCACUGUUGUUAGAGAGGCUUGAGACUAGUAGUGAACAAUGCCAAAUAAUGGAUUACCUUGAUGACUUUUUUUUUUUUUUUAGAAGCAGUUGAGUUUUUUUUUUUUUUUAGUUUUUUUUUAGUUUUGUUUUUUUAAAUACUGUGCCUCU